AUGGAGUCAACGGCGGAGCAGCAGAAGGUGGUGGUGGACAUGUCGUCGCCGGCGAGCGGCGGCGGCGGGCGGCGGCUGUUCCCGUGCCUCUUCUGCGAGAAGAAGUUCGUCAAGUCGCAGGCGCUCGGUGGGCACCAGAACGCGCACAGGAAGGAGCGCGGCGCCGCCGCCGCCGCCGGCUGCCUGAACCCCUACGUCUUCUACGGCGCCGGCGCCGGCGCCGCCCCCGCCCCGGCGACGCUGUCGUUGUUGCUGCAGGUGGACAACUCGUACACCACCACCAGCUACAUCGACGAACACGGCCGAGCAGCAGCGCCGCCGCCGCCGAAUUCCGACCACUUCUUCUGGACGACGGCCGGCGCCGCCUCACGGUGCGUGGCUGAUGUUUGA